AUGUUGAAUCAGGCUGAAGUCGAUGAAAAAUUUGGGUUUCAUCCUAAGUGCGAGAGAGUUCAGCUUAUCCACCUAAGCUUUGCAGACGACAUUCUGGUCUUCACUGACGGUACUGAAGAAUCGCUGAACGGAGUGUUGACAAUGAUGGAUCAGUUUGCAAGUAUGUUGGGCCUUCAGAUCAAUGCCACCAAGUCAACAAUCUUUGCUGCUGGUCCGAAUAGCCUCCUACUUAAUCAUGCUGCGAGUGCGAAAUGCAUCCAGGUUGAUCAACUGCCUAUUCGUUAUCUAGGCAUGCCUUUGACAUCUAAGAUUUGGAGCAAAACAGACUAUGAGCCGUUAAUAGAUCAGCUUCGCAAAAAGUUCUUGUCUUGGACACAUGGAGAUCUUUCUUUCGCAGGACGGUUACGGCUAAUCAAAACCGCUGUCACCAGUACUGUGAACUUCUGGAGCUCCGCUUUUCUAUCACCCAAAGGCUGUCUUGAUACUAUUGAAAGCAUGUGCAGCGCUUUCCUGUGGUCAGGAUCGCCAACAGUCACUCAUAAAGCAAAAGUUGCAUGGAAAGAUGUUUGCUCUUCUAAGGAAGAAGGAGGGCUGGGCUCCCUUGGCUCUUGGGCUUGGCGAAAGCUUCUAAAAUUGCGGCCCUUGGCAUAUGAUUGCUUGAGGUAUGAGGUGAAUAAUGGGAGAUCAAUCUACUUUUGGCUAGAUAAUUGGCUGGGAACAGGAAGACUGUUGGAUGAAACCGGGGAGACUGGUAUAGGGUGUUUGGGGGUCCUUAGGUCUGCUACUAUCUCUGAUGUAGUCUGUGAGUCUGGUUGGAAGAUCCAUACUAGAGGGCAAAGGCGGUUCCCUAAAGUCUACGCAAAACUGAAUGCAAGGCAACUGCCUAACCAACACUCUGGGGAGGACAUCGUGCUUUGGAGAGCUGGUCCCGACGACUUCAAAGCCUCUUUCUCUUCCGCUAAGACCUGGAAUUAUCUGCGAGACAAAAGAACUGAGGUUGUGUGGAGGAAGUUAGCUUGGUUUCCUCAGGAUGUACCCCGACAUGCCUUUAUGGUCUGGCUUGCAUUUAGAGAUCGACUGACUAUUGGUGAUAGAAUGAAGAGCUGGGGUAUUGAGCAAUGCUGUAUGCUUUGUGGAGAGAAGAACGAAACUAGGGACCACCUGUUCUUUGCUUGUCCGUACUCUUUCACGAGGAUGAUGUUUCAGACAGUCAUAUACUAUGUUUGGAAAGAACGUAACUCGCAGAGGCAUGGAGGUGUUUGGGUCACGACGAAGAAGCUCACCCGUACCAUUGAUAAGCAGAUUAGGAACCGGAUAUCAUCUCUUUGCUAUAUCAAGGAUCAUCCGCUAGAGGGGCUAAUGAGUAGAUGGUUUGAAGUUUUCUAG